AUGGAAGGGCCCGGUCCUUUCCGCGUUCAAUACCACUUCCUCCCCGCUCCAAAGGGAUGUACGUACGCACCCUCUGCUCUGCCACGUCUUUAAAGCCACGCCACAGCCACCUCCUGCAGGGAUCAUUCAAUUGAUCUCCUCCAAGGAUCCUCCCACAUACCAUGGCCUCUUCGUCUUCCUCCACGCUGGUGACCGUCGUUGUGAUUCUGUGCUGCUGGUACGGUGGCUGUCAAGCGCAGACCGAGGUCUCGGCGGUGUAUGUCUUCGGCGACUCCCUCGCCGACGUCGGCAACAACAACCACUUGGGGCUGUCCCUUCUGAAGGCCGACUUCCCGCACAACGGCGUCGACUUCCCCGGCCACAAGGCCACCGGGCGGUUCAGCAACGGCAAGAACUCCGCCGACUUCCUCGCUGAGAAACUGGGACGACCGACCUCUCCUGCUUACCUUUCUAUACCCUCGAGCUCUAACAACACCGAUGAGUUCCUCGGCGGUGUCAACUUCGCCUCGGGUGGUGGUGGAGUCCUGGAUUCUACCAACAAAGACCAAUGCAUCUCAUUCAACAAGCAAAUAGACUACUAUUCUUCAGUAUACGCAGCCUUAGUUCAGCAGCUAGGCAGUGCUCGAACACAAGCUCAUCUGUCCAACUCCGUCUUUGCCUUGGUCAUCGGAAGCAACGACAUACUCAACUACGUCAAGUCCAGCUCCGCCAACAAGCUCAAGAACCCUCCACAGCAGUUCGUUGACUCGCUGAUCUCAUCGCUGCGAGGACAAUUAAAGAGGAUAUACAAUCUCGGCGCACGCAAGUUUGUGUUCAUCGGCACGGGACCGAUCGGUUGCUGCCCAGCACAAAGGCAUCAGAACAAGACCAGGGAGUGCAGUGUCGAAGCCAAUUACCUCUCGGUUCAGUACAACAAGGGUGCUUCUUCCCUGCUGCAGGAAAUGUCAGAAGAACUCAGCGAUCUGAGCUACUCCUACUUCGACACCUACACCGCACUGCUCGAGUACAUCAACAAUCCAGAUGCUUAUGGAUUUGUCGAAGUGAAGGCCGCCUGCUGUGGGCUGGGUGAUCUGAAUGCUAAGAUCGCUUGCCUGCCAAUCUCAAGCUAUUGCUCCAACAGGAAGGAUCAUAUCUUCUGGGAUCUCUUUCACCCAACAGAGGCUACUGCUGGGAGACUAACAAGCACCGCUUUUGAUGGAUCUGUGCCGUAUGUGUAUCCUAUGAACAUAAGACAGCUUGUUGCCAUGUGAGCUAAACAUACACUUGUAUGGUCAUGGAGAGAUAUAUGAUGAAGAAAUCCAAUUGUAAUCUGAGUAAGAUAUGGUGCCGUAUAAGUUACAGAGAGAGGGCAAGAGAGUUGUGAAGUUGGAUGGAGGACGCAUGUUGAGGCAUCUCGCAACUUUUAUAGAGAUUCUUCCAACUUUGCAGAGUA